AUGAAUUAUAAACAGGUAAGGAAAACUUUGUGGUAAAUAAUGAAUUUUAAAGCUGUUUUUGUGGUAGUAUUAUAGCUAUAGAAUCAAAAGGAAAAAAAUUGUAGGGGAAAAAAUUGUCGACCAGUCGAAAAAUUUUUUUUGACCGUCUAAAGUAAUGUCAAAAAUUUUCAGAUAAUCUCAAUUCAACGCCAACACGUCCUCACCGGCAUUCCAGCCCAACUGUCGACUCGCCGCGACCAGCUUCAUCGGCUUGCGAAGCUCCUCAAAGAAGAGGAGGCCGCACUGUGCGAGGCCGUCUACAAAGACCUCCGCCGAACCCCGACGCACACAAAAUUCAUGGAAUUUGGCAUGGCCAUAAACGAAGUUCAAGUGUGUUUGCGACAUCUGAACGAAUGGGCGCAGCCCGAGCAUGUGGAAAAAGGGCCGGCGCAGAUUCUGGACACCGCCAUGAUCGUCAAAGAGCCGUUCGGAACUUGUCUGCUGAUCGCACCUUGGAAUUACCCAUUGUUGAUGGUAUUCUUGCCUCUGGCGACUAUGCUGGCUGCUGGUAAGAGCUGUCUUGGAGUUUAUUCUGAAAGAAAAUUGAGAUUUUUUGAAGGGGUUUGAGGGUUUAUGGAGAGAAAACGUAAAAAUUAGGGAGGAAAAACGUAAAAUUUCUUAAAGGAUUUUUUCAACCGACAAUUUGCAGGAUUUCUUCAAAUUUUGUGGAAAUAGUCUGUAAGACCUACUAAUGAAUUGCUGAAAAUAUCAGCUCUGAUUUUGCGGGCAGAGUUAAGAUACGUAAAAAUUCUAAAAAUUGAAUUUUUAGGAUUUUUUAUCGGAAAAUCUCGGUUAUUUUUGCAAAAAGCAAGCUAAUAAUCCCCAGUAUGUCAUAGGAAAUUGUGAUCUUAACUUACUAGGGAAGUGUACAAACGAACCCUCACCAAAUCGCAAGUGGUAUACACCAUUGGAAAGCCCUUGAAAAAUGGUGCAAGGUACCAUUUUCAUUUUUUGCAGAAUGCCUUUCCGCGACGACAUACUGUAAAUUGUACUAUUUUUAGGUCAUUUCGCAACAAAAAUCUUUCUUUCUCUUGAGCGGAUAAAAAUCCUCGAAGAGGGUUGCUUCAAUAGUGCAGUGGUUGCGGAGCAGGCUGAUAAGCCAAACCAAGCUAGGUUCGAUUCCCAGCUUGGGGAAAAACGUUUUGCGUUCUUACAGUUAGGAUAAUAUUUGAGUUAAAUUUUUACAAACGCUUUAAUUUUUCUUGAAAACGGUAGAUUACGGUUAUAAUCAUCAAACUUACAUGUUUUUCAAGAUUAAACAAAGUGAAAAGUGUUUUUUCACGUUAUGGGUAUCUAAAACCAGUAAAUAUCAUAUGUAAAAUGGUUUUACUGGCAAGCGCCAAACUUCAUAAUAAUUCUUAGGCCAACCUAGUAGCAAUACGUAUCAUUUAACGUUUUGAAAUAAGAUUUAUUUUGCCCUACAGCAGAUAUUGUAACUACUUAAGGGACAAAUCAGCCGUUUAUAAUUUUUUGCCCUAAGGCAUUCUGCAAAAAAUGAAAAUGGUACCCUUCACCAUUUUUCAAGGGCUUUCCAAUGGUGUAUAACACUUGCCAUUUGGUGAGGGUUCGUUUGUACACUUCCCUAGUUAGGUCAAGUUUCAUCCAAAUUUUCCGACAUUUAUUUUCAUAUUUUUCAUUAUUUUAGGCAACACUGUCAUAAUCAAGCCUUCGGAAGUGUCGCCAAAUGUCGCCGAAGCCCUCAAAGACGCGUUCGCCAAGCACUUCGACCCACGUCAGAUCUCCGUCGUCCUUGCUGAUGCCGAAGGUACCGGAGAACUGCUGAAGGAACGCUUCGAUCUUAUCCUUUACACUGGAAGCACCGCAGUUGGCCGUGUAAUCAUGAGAGCUGCUGCGGAACAUUUAACUCCUGUGGUUUUGGAGUUGGGAGGGAAAUGGUAAGAACUUUUUGAAUGUUUUUUUUUGAGUUUUAGGCAGAGAAUAUCAGAUAUUACAAAAAAAAAUUUGAAAUUUUUGAUAGGUAAGGGGGGACCAAGGGGAUUUUUGAGGAAAAAAACAUUUUUAUGAACUUGAACAUUUAGUUAAAAAACUGUUUUUAAUGGACGGCUUCCAUAGCGUAGACGGUAAUUUUUGAAACGAAAUUUAUGUUGGCCAUCAAAAAUCACUUUUUCAAAACUAUUCAGAUCCUCAUGAAUAAUAUAAAUUUCAGCCCGGUAAUCGUCGACUCCACCGCUGAUAUUGCCUGCACAGCUCGAAGAUUGGCCUGGGGAAAGUUCAUGAACAACGGUCAGACCUGUGUUGCCCCUGAUUACGUCUUGGUGAAUAAAAAUGUAAAAGACAAACUGCUCAUCGAAUUGAAGAAAACUCUUGAAGAAUUCUACCCAGAAGUCGAGUCAUCCAAAGAUUAUUGUCGAAUCAUCAAUCAACGGCAUUUUGAGUAAGUUUGAGGGAUCUUGGAAUGAUUUUUUUUGGGUUGAGAUGUCUAGUGUAAUAUAAUUUUUGACAAAAAAUACAGGAUUGGGCGUUGCGAAACUUUGUGGAUAGUCAAAGGAGUGCAUAGCCAAUAGCUGUGCCAAUUUUCGCCAAAAUCGGGUGAUGAUUUUUUGAGAAUUUACUAUUUUUGGUCAGCUGAACCUACUAAAAUAUAAUUUUUUUAAUUUAUAGCCGUCUAAACUCUCUCCUUGACCGAUCCCGUGGAAAUGUGGCCAUCCAACCGGCCAAACCCAACCGAGACGACCUAUUCAUCCCACCAACGGUCGUUGAAGUGGACCCCGACGACGCCUUGAUGGAAAGCGAAAUUUUCGGCCCAAUUUUGCCGGUCGUAACGGUUAAUUCGGUGGAUGAAGCGGUCGAAUUUGUCCUAGACAGAGAGAAACCACUCGCUCUGUACCUAUUUUCGACCGACGAAAAGGCCGUGGACAAGGUGGUGAAGGAGAGUCGGAGCGGCGCGGUUACUGUAAAUGACGUUGUACUUCAUAUGACCUGUAAGUGAUGAAUUUGAAAUUUAUUUGUGUUGGUUUUUAGUGGACACCCUACCAUUCGGAGGCGUCGGCCAAAGCGGAUUCGGCCGCUAUCGAAGCCGACAUGGCUUCGACCAGUUCAGUCAUCAUAAGGCCGUCCUCAAACGAACCUUUUUCGGCGAACAGCUUGGAGCGUAAGUGCAUUUUUGGUACUUGAUUUUUAGUUUUGAAGCGAUUUUUUUGAGAAUUUUUCGAUUUUUUUCGAAAUUUGCGAAAAAAUCGCCUUGCUCCCCCCUUUACCAAUUUUUCGGAUUAAAAAAAUUUUUUUUUUCUUAGAUUUGGAAGAAAAUCGGCAUAGGUUUAGAGGAGAUUUUUAGAAGACGUUGUGGUGAGUUUUAGCUCACCCUUUUGCAUAAAUGGUCGAGAUUUUUAAGUGAAAAGUUGGAAAAAUUCUAAAUUUUUUUUUGAUUUUCUUGUCGAAAAUUUUAGGUCACAGUAAACAAGAGGUAUGUAAUAUUUUUGCAAAAUUUUUAUUUUUUUAAUCCAGAAUUGGGAAGGUUAUAGUCGAAACAUGCCUUUUGUCUGACCGACUCUCCUCAUUUCGCGUGCUCUCUCGUGAAAAAAAGAAUGUUGAAUAUUGUGGUUCAGUUUGCAAAGUGAGCUAAGAUUUCUAGCGAUUCGUUUAUGGCCUGUUUACAGUGACGAUUGAUCCAGUGGCAAAAACCCUAUCAGUAUGCAUCCGAGAAGUAUCAAAAAAUGUGGCAAAAUGCCUCCGUCUCCAAGUGAAAAAAACUUUGUUUUGAAGGGCGCGCAAAAAACCCCGCCACAAAAAUUGCGGGCGCGCUUUUGAAAUCGGUGUUUUUUACACUUGGAGAGGGAGAUAUUUUGCUUCAUUUUUUGAUGCAUGCCCGAUGCAAAAUGGUAAGUUUUUGCCACUGGUUCAGGUCCGCCACUGUAGAAGGCAUAUGAAAAAUUUUCGAAAAAAUGAAGUCGAUUUUUCAUGUUUGGGGACCUUUUAAUCCGGCCUUCUAAUUUAUUCAAUUCCCCCGAACUUCUUUGCCAUCCCGCCACGAAGUCGGGGCACAAAAACUGUCAGUUCGGUUGUUUAUGGCCCCCAAAACAAUCGCCGGCCCUGAUGAUAUCGCAUGUGGCCGAAUGUCUUGUUUUCAGCGCCCGAUACCCGCCGCUCACCGAAAAGAAGCUGAGGGCCCUGAAGAUGGUGGGAAAUAGAUGGAUCCUGCCGCGGAUUAUUCGCCGUCUCCUCGCCCACACCGAUGUCUUCGCGUUGGGCGUGGGUCUGGCCGUCAUUGUCGGCCUCAUCGGACAGUUUAUCUUCAACAAAAAUUAA